UUGGCUGCUGUUUUAGGAUUUUUCCAUCUUUUUGACCCUAGGCUAGUCCUAGUGGUCAUGUUACUUACAUUUGAAGUUGAUUGUGCCUUUUCAGGUUAAGAAGUUAAGGAUUAAGGCUUUUGUUUCACAUUUGGGAUUGUGUUACUUGACACAUAUAACUAAUGUAUUUGUUUUGUAGGAUGUUGGUUCAUGUGAGCCUUGUGCUAUGCACCUCAUUAUGUGUAUAAUUGUACUUGGUUAAUUGAUCAUUAUAUUGUUGUCUGUUUGUGAAAGUAGAUGCUGAUUCUGUUUGACUUUUGUACAGGUACCUUUAGUUGCUCAAUUCCUUGCGAACUUUUGCUUUGCGUUGCUUAAGCAACUUGCAUUGAGGGACACUUUUGAUCGAGAUUCUGGUUGAGAGAUUUUCUGCUCCAGUAUGAGGACCGGUUUGAAGAACAACAUUGCUUACAGUUUCUUUGAUCCAGAGAUUGGUGUGCUCAAGGAUAUGAUAGCAUUGAUUACUCCUGACCAUGUGGGAAUGUUUAGAGAGUCAUACGGCGGUAUUCUGAAGAUGGUUUUCAGACUCACUGACUGCGACAGGAGCGCCAUCCACACUCUUCUUCAGUUCUAUGACCCUGGGUUGAGGUGUUUCGUUUUUCCAGACUAUCUGUUGGGACCUCUGAUGGAGGAUUAUGUCAGCAUCCUGGGUAUUCAGAUCCGUGAUCAGAUUCCUUUCCAUGUCACUAGGGCGGAGCCGGAUGUCCUUGGGAUUUCACGUGCUCUUUAUUUGAGUCCGGAAAUGGUCAAGGAAGGUUGGAAGGAGAAGGGAAAGUUACCUGGAUUUCAUUUGAGUUUCUUGGAGGCUAAUGCCAAGGAACAUGCUGCUGCGGGUAACUGGAAGACGGUUUGUGCUCUGAUUGCUGUGAGCAUUUAUGGGAUUGUUCUGUUUCCUAACCAGAAGAAUUUUGUGGACCAUAAUGCUAUCAGAUUGUUUAUGCAGAGAAACCCUAUUCCUACCCUGAUUGGAGAUGUCUACUACUCAGUGCAUAACAGGAAUGAGAAGAGGCGGGGUGGUCUGGUUAGAUGCUGCUCUCAGUUGCUCUUUAGAUGGUUCAUGGGGUAUUUGCCUUCCCGAGGUGCGUUUGUUCAGAUUGACCCUAGUGUCAAGUGGUCCUUCCGAUUGAUGGGUCUGCGGGCUGAUGACAUUGCUUGGACUCAUAAUGGUUUAGCUGGUCAGGACUUCAUAUGUAGUUGUGGGAGUUUACCUAAUGUGCCUUUGGUGGGAGUUCAGGGUUGCAUUAAUUACAACCCGAUGCUUCUCCGGAGACAGAUGGGGUUUGCUAUAGAGGGUCCUCCUCUCGGGCGAGAGAUUCAGGAGUCCUUCUAUUUCCCGAUUGAUGGUAACCAGACCAAGUUGAGGCAGGUAUUGGACGAAUGGCGAGAUAUCCAGAGGAGGGGUAAGGUUCCUUAUGGCAAAGUCAACUGCCGGUAUUUUCCACUAUUUGAGGAUUGA